AUGACACCCGAACACCGAGAUUUCAUACUUUAUAAUCAUAAUCGCUUGAGAAGCAAGCUAGCGCGGGGACGUCAACAGAACAAAGAAGGAUUGGGGUUUAUGCCUCCCGGAAAAAACAUUUAUCUGCUGAAAUGGGAUUGCGAAUUAGAAAAAAUGGCUCGUAUAUGGGCACAUGAUUGCCCUAGUGUCACUACACCGUAUGAAAAAACAAGAAAUAUUCCUUUAGGAUUACAACUCGUGAAGCGAAUUCGAGUAUCCAUUCGAGGAGACAACGUUACAAAACACAUAGACGAUGCGAUGCGGUUAUGGUGGCUGGAGUAUAAACGAAAUGGGAACAUCGAUAGCAAAAAUCGCUAUUCUAAUCAGCAAAAAUACUUUGGAUGGGCGAACAUGGCAAAAGGUAUGACAACACGAAUUGGAUGCUCUUACACGCUUUGCGAUUCUUUUCGAGCUAUUUUCACUUGUGUCUACAACACAAAGGUCAAUAUCGAGAACCGUAUCAUCUACGAGCCAGGUCCCGCAUGCAAACGAGAUGAAGACUGUACUACAUUUCCUGAGUCUAGAUGCAUAGCAUCUUUGGGCCUGUGCCAAGCUCCGGAAAUUCCCAAAGGUGAAAGAAAAGUUCUGCAGCGCUUUCAAAAAGGGAAGGGACUUGAAUUCUAG